AUGUCGAGAUUUGUUAGAUUUGCUAGAAGCUUUAGUAAUAGCAGCGCAGCAAGGCGCCAUGGACUUCUACAUGAAUUGAGAGACAGAGGCCUCAUAUCACAAAUAUCACAACCUGAGGACAGGUUGAUAAGUCAGCUAGAUUCCGGUCAUAAGAUCAAGCUUUACUGUGGUGCUGAUCCAACGGCUCACUCACUUCACUUGGGGAAUAUGGUGCCAUUGAUGGUACUGCUAAAUUUUUAUGUGAGAGGACAUGACAUUGUCUCCUUAGUUGGUGGUGCCACUGGAAGAGUUGGUGACCCUAGCGGCAAAAAAAUCGAAAGAGACAUUUUACCCAAUCAAGCUAUCCUACAGAAUGUCCAGAGGAUCAAUGACCAGCUGAAACGAUUUUUUGAGAAUGGUUUGAAGUAUUAUCGUAGUAAAAAUGUGGAAUCCACUAAUGUGGGGAGCUGGACUUCAGUUGACAAUUACGAUUGGUGGAAAGACAUAUCUAUGCUUGGAUUUUUAGCCAAGUAUGGUCGUCAUAUCAGGAUUCAAUCGAUGUUAUCGAGGGACUCUGUUUCAAGCAGACUGGAGGGAUCUGGAGGUCUCGGAUUUAACGAGUUCGCAUAUCAAAUCUUGCAAGCAUAUGACUUCUACCAUCUUUUCAAUGAACAAAAUGUUACUGUUCAGGUUGGUGGAAAUGAUCAAUGGGGAAAUAUCACCGCUGGCAUCGAUUUGAUCAAUCGAAUCUCCCCAAAAGCCCAAUGCAGUCCACCAACCGGGCUUACGGUACCACUCUUGACUAACUCUGCUGGUGAAAAGUUUGGUAAAAGUGCUGGAAAUGCUAUGUUUAUUGAUCCAGAAAUUAGCACGCCUUUUGAUAUCUAUCAAUUUUUCUUCAAUAUUUCAGAUUCAGAUGUCUCUCGGUUUUUGAAAAUCUUUACUCUAUUGCCAUUAGAUGAGGUAGAAACCGCUGUUGUGGAACAUAUGAAAAGGCCUCACCUAAGAAACGGUCAAAAAUUGCUUGCAUCCGAAGUUACAGAGUUAUUGCAUGGAGCUGGAAGUGGUAAAGAAGCCCAAAUUGUUUCGGAUAUCAUUUUUGGUGAUACACAUAUUAUAAAUACUCUAAAUGCUGAUGAAAUAAUUAGAUUGUUCAAUAACGCUAGAAUUCUAGAGCAAGGGAAAAAGUCAGAAUCUUUAAUGGAGCUCAUUUGCAGAAUGCUAAAAUGUUCCAAAUCGGAGGGGAAAAGAAAACUUGGUCAAGGAAGUAUCUCAUUAGGGCCUCUGAAGAAAAGAGUUGUACAAGACUUGACAGAUUGGUCCUCAUAUUUAAUUGAUGAUAAACUUCUUAUGCUUCGAAUCGGCAAACAAAAAUGUCUGCUCAUCGAGAUGACAUAA